UCGAAAUCAGCAACAACAGAAAAAUUCUUGUAUACGUUUUUCAACGGUCACACCGAACUGCACGCAGUAGAAUCAAGCACGGGAAUUGUGAAAAAUACAAUUUAUGAAAUUAUUGUGAACAUAAAAUAAAACUUAAUAAUAAAAAAAUAUUACAAAUUUAUUGUGUGAGUAAUAAUAAAAUAUAUUUACAUACAUAAAAAUCGUAUAAAUCUUUUUGUUGAUGGAAUUAAAUUGAGUUGAAAGAAAAACGAAAAUUUUCAAAACAUUGAUUCCAUCUUCAACACUGCCUUUAAUGCCAAAGUACUCCUAAAUCAGUUCCGAUUUUUUCAAUCCUCCCAACUCCGAGAGAGAGAGAAAGAAGCAAUAAUUUCAAAGACUCCAUUAGUUUAAGUUAAACGUGCAUUUGGCGCAUUCACAAAAUGGUUUUACCAUUUGGACUAUCCUCUGAUGGCCAACAUAAUCCAGAGAGUAGUGGGAGUGUUAGUGGCAGCGGUGUCGAUACUAUUACCUCAAGUCGAACAGUCUCUUAUACGCCAACAGCACCAGCAUAUUUUAUGAGAGCCCAUACGAAUGUCUCAACAGGAAUACCAAUAAUACCCAGUCCCUACAUUGAUUUUAUUGUGGUCAAUGGUGAUGACCGUUCGAUGAUACGUUGUGAACGUAAAGCCGUUUUAGAGAAUAGUGUAGAGUUGGCUAAAUUGAUACAUGCUGGACCGAAUAGUGGACGCAAAGGUGAUAAUCAUUUUCAGAUCUCAAAUGUAGAUAAACAUGAUUUUGAACUUGUCAUACGAUUUUUGGAAACAAAAUUUGUCAAAUAUCGCGAUCAUUUGCAUAUUUUGAAAAUAUUAGAAUUGGCUGAUCGUUACAAUUGUCCCGAUUUGAUUAUACACUGCAUUCGUGAACUGGAUCUGCAAUUGAGCAGUGCCACCGUUGUUGAUGUUUUUCGUUCGCUGUGGUUCUAUCAGGGUAUGACGUCAAACAAUCAACAUCAAUUGGGCGCCGUCAUAACAACACAAGACACAGCAGCUAGCAAGAAAAUUAAGCGUAAAGCUCUACAGGCAGCUGCGAAUGCCAAUGCAAAUACUACAAAUUCCAAUACUAAUUUAAAUUCAUCGAAUAUUCCCGCCCCUAAUCCGAAUCCAUUCACAGCAGAAGACUAUGGUGUUGCCCUCUUGAAUAACGCUCUCCAGCUGAUCGAUAUGCAUGCUGAAUUGAUUCUAACCAAGCCAGAAAUGACUGAAUUGCGUUUUGAAGAAUUGGAAAUGAUUGCAAAACGUGAUGCUCUACAAUUAAGUACAGAGUUGACACUAUUCACCUGCCUUGCCGAUUGGAGUGUAGCGGAGUGUAAACGUAAAAAACUAGAUGCCACUUCCGAAAAUAGACGACGGGUAUUAGGUCCAUUAUGUUUAACGCCUCGUUAUUGUUUGAUGAGUGCCUCCGAAUUCCGGAAGGCUUGUGAUCGUGUUGAAUUAUUGAAUCCAUUGGAAACAUCACUAGUUAGUGAUUGUAUUGAAGGUAAAAAACUUAAAAAUUUAACACCGGAGCAAAGUCAAUUAAUGGAAAAAUUCCGUACACCAAGACCAGAAUUUGCCAAAAUGCCAAUACAUUUAAGUGAUCGCAGUAAUCCGAAAAAUUAUCCCAAGAAAAUGAGACGAGCCGAAAAAGGAUCUUCUGAGGAAAGCUGUUGGGAAAAUUUCGGCUUAAAUUGUUUGGCCGUCUUCGCCUGUAUAUUCGAUUGAGACUAGUUAUUGCUCCCACAACGUUGGGUUGUUACGAAUUUUACACUUAACUAAACUUGCAAUUAAUAUUUAUUUGAAAGUUAUUUAAUUUUGCAAAGUCCAUAACGCUAUUGGUCCAUGAAGCCUUACACCAACUACUACAAAAAUAAAUUUAAUUUAAAGGUGACAAGCAAUGAAUUUUAAAAAUGCAACAAAUGUUGUAUGUAUGUAUAAAUUUUUAUGAAUUUGUGGAAGACGAUUUUUUUAGAUAACGAUUGGAUACUAAAACUAUAUGUCAUACAUCUCUUACACAUACAACUUAUAAUUGUACAAGUAUUUAAAAACAGAAUUUAUUUUCCAUAUUAAGAUAAACUUGCAAAAUAGCUAUAUUUGUAAUACUAAAGUAUUUCUGUUUGAUAUUUCUUGUAUAGAAUCACAAUAACAAACUAAUUUUUUCGUUGAAUAAAUAAAUAAAUUCUGGAGGUUCAAUAUAUCUGAACAGUAAAAUACCUCA